GGAGGCUCCGCUCCCCAAAGUUUACUUUGCCCUUUGCGGGAGAUGAAAUUCAGCCUCCUGGAGCCCAGGGCGAGACGACCAGAGACGGGGGGAGGAAACCCGAGCGAGCUCGCGGACUCCGGGCGGAUUGCGGGCUGCGUGCGGGGCAUGGACGGUGCGUUGUAGCGCGCUCUGAGCGGAUUGUGGACCCGCGCGCCCCGCAGCCGAGCGGACCUCGCGCUGCCACUGCAGCGGCUCUGGAGGAAACCAUAUCUGGUCAAAGUAUCGUUGCUGUCACCCAGCGGGACCGGACGGCUAUAAAUAGCGGUGGAGGAGGAGUCUUGCUGUCCCAGAACCUCUGGUUGCCUUCGCUGUUAGUGUGCCCCGAGGCUGGGGGUCUUCCAGAUCCUGUAUUUUGACUUUUCAUCAAGCGUGUUUACUGAAGUGUGCUGUGCCACGAUGUCGGUGAUGAGGAAGGAGAUGGAGAAGUACCGGGACAUCGACGAGGACGAGCUGCUGAAGAAGCUCUCGGAGGAGGAGCUGCAGCGGCUAGAGGAUGAGUUAGAUGAGCUGGAUCCCGAUAAUGCGCUGCUGCCCGCUGGAAUGCGGCAGAAGGACCAGACCAAGAAAGCGCCGACGGGGACGUUUCAGAGAGACAACCUGCUGGCCCAUCUGGAGAAACAAGCCAAGGAGCAUCCGGACAGAGAGGACCUGGUGCCCUUCACCGGGGAGAAGAGAGGGAAAGCCUGGGUGCCUAAAAAGAUGGUGGACCCCAUCAUGGAGAGUGGCUCUGGAGAGUUAGAAGAAGCCCUGGCAAGUGCUUCUGAUGCUGAACUCUGUGAUAUCGCAGCCAUCCUGGGCAUGCACACCCUCAUGAGCAACCAGCAGUAUUACGAAGCUCUGGCCAGCAGCACCAUCGUCAACAAGCAAGGCCUCAACAGUGUGAUCCAGUCCACGCAGUACAAGCCCGUCCCCGAUGAGGAGCCCAACUCCACCGACGUGGAGGAAACGCUGAGGAGAUUAAAGAGGAACGACCCGGACCUGGUGGAGGUCAACCUCAAUAACAUCAGAAAUAUCCCGAUCCCAGUCCUGAAGGAGUACGCUGAGGCUCUGAUGGAGAACUCCGUGGUGGAGAGGUUCAGCAUCGUAGGAACCAGGAGCAACGACCAUGUAGCAUUCGCUCUGGCGGAGAUGUUGAAAGUAAACACGACGCUGAAGAGCCUGAAUGUGGAGUCCAACUUCAUCACAGGGACCGGGAUCCUGUCGCUCAUAGAGUCACUGCAGAAGAACACCACACUACUGGAGCUCAAGAUAGAUAAUCAGAGUCAACCUUUAGGCAAUAAGGUGGAGAUGGAGAUCGCCAGCAUGCUGGAGAAAAACACCACGCUGCUGAAGUUUGGCUAUCACUUCACCCAGCAGGGCCCGCGCCUCCGGGGCUCCAACGCCAUGAUGAACAACAACGACCUGGCCCGGGUCGUCCGGUCGGAGUCUGACGGCUCCUUCACUCUCACUCUGUCCGUCCCCGAGCUGGAGAGAGCCUUCGGGAAAAAGUUCAAGUCCAAGACGAAUACGAAGAGAAGGCUUGAAGGAGGACCCAUCUUCCCAAAGUGUGUCGACGAUGAGUAGAAACCAGGGUGACGUUCAACUUCCCCUCCACCUUCAGCUCGUCUUUCUCCCCGUUUCAGCCCCACGUGAUCAGAAGGCCAAGCCCCCAGCUCAGGAUGCGCUCUCUCAGAAACACUUUCUGAACUUUUCGCCCUCACAUCCUGCUGA